GAUAAUUUUGCGAUUGCCCGCACUCAACUAACAAAAUUCCCAAUUUUAUUGGAACAAAUUUUCUCCUAAUCCAAUAAAAUUAUUAAUCCAAAAUUUUCCUCUACUGAAUUCUUCAAACCUAGAGAAAAUCCCCAAAUUUGUGCAGAAUGGGUCAAUCAGCUUCCAAGCCCAGGCCUCAAAUCUCGCCGGUAUUGGAAGGGAACGCUUCUCGCCUCACCUCCGACGCUGACGACGACGUUUCUGGAUAUGAUUACACAUUGGAUCUACCAGAUGAGUGCUUGGCCCUAAUUUUCCACUCACUCGCCGCCGGUGAUCGGAAGCGCUCCUCCUUGGUCUGCCGCCGCUGGCUCACGAUCGAAGGCCAGAGCCGCCAGCGCCUCGCUCUCGACGCGCAAUCGCAGCUGGCCGACGUCGUUCCGAGGCUGUUUUCUCGAUUCGACGCCGUCACUAAGUUGACUUUGAAAUGCGACCGUCAAUCCGUCAGCAUCGGCGACGACGCCUUGAUUUCGAUCUCGCUCAACUGCCCGAAUCUCACCAGAGUGAAGCUCCGGACCUGCCGUGAGCUCACCGACGACGGGGUGGCCGCUUUGGCGGAGAAUUGCAGGAAUUUGCGCAAGUUUUCGUGCGGAUCCUGCAGCUUUGGGGUUAAAGGCGUGAACGCUUUGCUCGAGAAUUGUGCAUUACUCGAGGAGUUGUCGGUGAAGCGUCUGCGCGGCAUUACAAAUGCAGCCGCAGCCGAGUCAAUUCGGCCGGGGAAAGCAGCGGCGACGCUGAAGAUGAUCUGUCUGAAGGAUCUCUACAACGCGCAGUGCUUCGGAAAGCUGAUUGCCGCAGCAAAGAAUUUGAAGAUUUUGAAGCUGUUUAGGUGUUCCGGUGAUUGGGAUGAAUUGCUUGGAGUGCUUGCUGAUGGUGUGUUGGGGCUGGUGGAAGUUCAUUUCGAGAGGAUUCAGGUCGGUGAUUUAGGGCUUUCCGCUAUUUCAAACUCUGCAAAUCUCGAAAUUCUGCAUUUGGUGAAAACCACUGAGUGCACCAACAUAGGGCUUAUGGCUGUGGCCGAGAAAUGUAAGUUGCUGAGGAAGCUCCGCAUUGAUGGAUAUCGAACGAAUAGGAUAAGCGACUACGGUUUAAUUGCCAUUGCUAUUAAUUGCCCUAAUCUGCAAGAGUUGGUCUUAAUUGGUGUGAAUCCUACGCAUCUGAGUUUGAAUAAGUUGGCUGCUAACUGUUUGAAUCUGGAAAGAUUGGCAUUGUGUGGCAGCGAAACCAUUGGCGAUGCUGAGAUCUCGUGCAUUGCUGCAAAAUGCAUUGCCUUGAAGAAGUUAUGCAUCAAGAGCUGCCCUGUUUCGAAUCAUGGCAUGGAGGCAUUGGCUGGAGGGUGUCCCAAUUUGGUGAAGGUGAAGGUGAGAAAGUGUCGGGGUGUGACCUCUGCGGGAGCGGAUUGGUUGAGGGCGAGCAGAGGCUCGCUUGCAGUGAAUUUGGAUGCUACUGAGCCCGAGUUGGUGGAUGCAGUUGUGCACGGGGAUAACAACAAUCAAGCUGUGGUUGAUGUGGAAUCGGGCAUCAUCGGGAGGUCAGGGUCGUUCAAGGUGAAGCUUGGCUCCAUCACGGACUCAAUCAGGAGAUGGCGGGGCUUUGUAAGCAGAUUCCGGAGUAACUUGGGGAGAAAGUAUGCUGAUUAGGAAUGGACUCAUCUGUUCAUGUGUGUAUAUUCAUUGUGCCAUUCUUGCCUUGCUACAGUAAUUAAUUGUGAUUGAUUUAUGAAGUGAAUAUAGCAUUUGUUUGUUGGGGAAAAGUGAAGCUUUGAUUUCUUGUGUUAGUUCAAUUUGUGAUGAAUACUAUACUGAUUCAACCU